AAACAGGCUGUUUGUUUACCUUCUAAUAGACAGGCUGUUUAACUGUAAACAGGCUGUUUAACUGUAAAUAGGCUGUUUAACUGUAAAUAGGCUGUUUGUUUACUUUCUAAUAGACAGGCUGUUUAACUGUAAACAGGCUGUUUGUUUACCUUCUAAUAGACAGGCUGUUUAACUGUAAACAGGCUGUUUGUUUACCUUCUAAUAGACAGGCUGUUUAACUGUAAACAGGCUGUUUAACUGUAAAUAGGCUGUUUAACUGUAAAUAGGCUGUUUGUUUACUUUCUAAUAGACAGGCUGUUUAACUGUAAACAGGCUGUUUGUUUACCUUCUAAUAGACAGGCUGUUUAACUGUAAACAGGCUGUUUGUUUACCUUCUAAUAGACAGGCUGUUUAACUGUAAACAGGCUGUUUAACUGUAAAUAGGCUGUUUAACUGUAAAUAGGCUGUUUGUUUACUUUCUAAUAGACAGGCUGUUUAACUGUAAACAGGCUGUUUGUUUACCUUCUAAUAGACAGGCUGUUUAACUGUAAAUAGGCUGUUUGUUUACUUUCUAAUAGACAGGCUGUUUAACUGUAAACAGGCUGUUUAACUGUAAAUAGGCUGUUUGUUUACUUUCUAAAAGACAGGCUGUUUAACUGUAAACAGGCAGUCUAUUAGAAAGUAAACCAACAGCCUGUUUUUUUUUUUACUGUUCUUCACCUUUUUCUAUGACAACUUGAAAAGAUUCAGUUCAGUGUUACUAUGGGACAUUUUAUGAGUUUAGCUUUCUUUCAGGCAGCAGAUCUUUGCCCAUUGCUGUAUGCAGCUGGAGCUGCAGCUAUUGCCACAGGAGUUUUUUAUUAUUAUAUUAGGAAUCGUGGUUCUGACCCAGCGGAUCCAGCAUUUUAUGCACUGAUCCAUGAUGUUGUCCCCAAUGCCACACCAGAACAGUUUAAUUCUUUUAUUAAUGCUGUGCCCUCGUAUCCGGGGUCUUAUUUCUAUGGCAUGGACUUUACCCGUGUUAGCAGGGAACAGUAUGCUGUGAUGAUCACACAGUAUGUAUUGCAGCACAGGAGGACAGAUCUGAUCAGGGUUCUGCUGCAGAUAACUAUGGAGUGUGAGAGUCAAAGCUACCGUCAGCACAGGUUGUGGCUUCCACGUCAUAUUCACAAAUCUGAUUUUCCCAAGUCUAUUGCUUGUGUGCUGCCAGUGGUGCGCAGCCGUCAGUGUGAGAUACUGAAGGUGUUUUUACAGUAUGGCAUGCUGGAGCACUUCCCAAACCCCGCCUCUAUCAUCACCUGGAUCCUGUUCACCCCCAUCCCCAAUGACACACCUUUUGAUACCAUCAUCAUCUGUGCACAGGAGUGUAUGGUGCUAUGUCUGCGUGUGAUCACAUACAUCAAUAUCACUCACAUACAGCGGUUCAUUCGCAGAAACCACACCCCCCUUCUUCUGGAUUGGAGGUCUCGUAUCCCAGCAUGCCGAUAUCGCGAACCGUGUGAACUUGUACACUUGUGCCGAGUGGCUUUGAGGAAGAGACUGCUGAUCACUGGAGGACUUCCAGAUGCCAUCAGGGACCUCCCUUUAGAAAGACGUCUCCAAGACUACCUCAAUCUGGAGUAUUGACACACCCUCUACACCACUGGGGGGACAACUUGAAUAAACAAGUCAUUAAAAUGCCCUAAGCCUUAAAUAAUAGCUAUUUAAUUCUGUGUUUAAUUGCUACACACUCAGAAGGGAUGUGAACAUCAGAGAGAGAAAUGGUUUGCAUGUUUUGUAAAACCUUAUUUUUACAGGUCUAGGCCAAAGGUCAUCAUCAAUCAUAAUUAUCUUGACAGUUGUAGGCCAAAGAUAAAUAAUGUUUUUGUGUGUUCUCUAAUGUAACCAUUAGGUUAUAUUAUUAGCCCAUUACAUAGGCACUAAUGCACCCCAUACCAUCAGAGAUAUAAGCUUUUGAACUGAGUGCUGAUAAAAAGCCGGAUGGUCCGUCUCCUCUUUAGUCCUCUUUAGUUUAGAGGACGUGGCGUCCAUGGUUUCCAAAAAGAAUUUCAAAUUUCGAUUUGUCUGUACUAUAGAACAA